AUGGAGGUGGAGAUGGAUUUUGCGCCGCAACUAGGCAUCGAUGCUCCUGACGACGAUUUGAUAGACUAUGAAACGGACGCAGAAGGGGAACUAAAUGAUAAGGAGCACAAUAAGCUAGUUCAAGAAAUACUGGCCGUCGGAAAACCCGAUUUUGAAUUCGACUCCGCCGACGAAGACGCAGAAAGCCGAGAUGACAAUGUGGACGAUUUGGAGACAAAUAUGGAGGACAAGGACGCGCCCAUAAGAUCUGUGCCACAGGUUUCACACACGCAUGCCUCGGAGAGCCGUGAGUCUGCACACGAAAUAGACUACGACAUCGAGGAAAAUGUACAUGUGCCUGUGGCGGAUGAUGCAGCAGAAACUGGACUGGCAGAGGCGGUCGAGCAACAGCUGUCGGAAGGGCUCUUGAAAGUUGAAAAUGAAGCAGGGGAGGAAGAGCAGAGCCCUCGGACUGAGGAUCACGAGAUUACUUGGGAGCAGGAGCACAGCGACGCUGAACUUGACGAGCAUGCCAACGAAGCUAGUGCUAUGGCAAAAGACGAAAAUGCCAGCAAUGUCUCCCCGUCAGAGGUCGCACUGACUUCUUCCGAGGCAGCAAAUCAAGACCAGGCUCAAGCGGCUUACAGUUCCGAUGAUAAUAUAUCAGGGACUCCAAGUUAUGAUGACGAUGACGGCGAUGACGAUGACGAUGACGGUGACGGUGACGGUGACGGUGACGGACAUGGAGAAGAGGCGGUGCCCGCUGAGAUAUCUGCCAGCAGCCCAGAACAAGAAGGAAAGCUUGGCUCAGAAAGCAAAAACGUCGAGUUUCCCUCCAUUGUAGUGCAUUACAAGGGAGAAGAAUUUCCUUUUUUUUCGUCCACCUCGGAGGGCUUUUUCUCCCAUCUCUCUGUACUUGACGAUAACGUGAGAGUGUUAUUGGCCGGGUUGCGAGCCGAGCUGUCAAGCGAAAUACUCGAAGAUGAUGAUCUGGUGUUUCAAGUCGACGAGCUUGGACUCGAGUUUGCGGAAUCUUCGUCACCGGACAUCUUGACAGAUUUUACGUUGGGGCAAAUCCUCGAGGUUUUUGACAUAUUGGUGAAUAAUCAAGAUUACGAUGACAGCAGAGCCCUGUAUACAUCUGUCUUUACCCGCCCAAACCCCGCCAGAAGGUUCGAGCUUCUAAUGGAGAAGGCAAGUGUCGGGACAGGGCUGGACAAAGUCAUUGAACUAUUUCAGCCACCCGACUCAUCUCACGUGGAAGAACUGGCGGCGGCCUGGGACGGCGAUGCCUUGAAUGCUCUUACUGACGAAGAUGAUGAUGACAAUGAUGAACAAAUUACGCAUGAUGUUGAGCAUGCCGCUGUAACCACUACCACUUUCUCUACUGAGCAAGUCGUGGACGUGAACGAAACGGUGAAAGGUUCUGAGUGGCAAGAGAAACCGGGGAAUAUGACAAGCCAGGUCCAAGUUGAAAAUGGAAGCCAUGGAGGAGAUGCUGAGGCCGACGAAGACUCUACUGAGGCGGUUUCAACCAAAGGUUUAGUUGCGCAAAGCGACGUGGAAGAUGCAGAAGAACAGAUUCAAGAGCAAAGGCUUGUGAAAGACGCGUACCAGCAAUCAUCUCAUGUCGACAUGAAUGACCAGCAAGGCUUCGAAGCCAAUGAUUUGAUUGGAUUCGAAUUUGACGAACCGAUUGAUGCCGUCUCUUACCGCUCGCCAGCGAACGAUGGAGAAGAUGUCAAAGAUGACAUGGAGCACUUAGUUGCGGACAUUGGUGCACAUGACGCGAGCACGAGCACAACCCCGACCACUACAAACCUGCAACGUGAUGGAGACGUGUCGUCUUCUUCCACACAAUCUGGCGCAAUUGGUGCCGCUGCGGGCAACGCAGAUCUCGGUGAUGCAGCUCUUGAGGAUGACGUUGGCGAGAUUGAUUGGAGAGAUGAGCCCGAGUCCCAUUCAGACCAUGUUGGUGACGCAUCCUUGAGUGCGGCAAAACGAGCCCGAGCAGACGAUGAAGUUAGGGCUGAGGACACUCAGAAUGUCAAGCGUCGCCGACCCUGA